AUGAGAACAGCCAGGAAGGGAAGUGUGGAGAUGCCAGCGUUUGUGCGGCAGCUGGUGAAAGAGACAGAGAAGAGGGUCAGCUCCUUCUUCAAGGGGGGUCGCAGCGACACAGGCGAAGGGCAGCAUCCUGAGGAGGGAGAUGGGGAGGAGGUCAUUCCCAGCCCUUAUCUGGACCGUCCAGUCCUAGACAAGCUGAUCGAGGAGGGUUGUUCCCGUUGGGGCCUAACCUACGCCCUGGGCAGCAUGCAGGGCUGGAGGGCCAACAUGGAGGACUUCCAUAACUGUGUGCCACAGCUGGGUGGCGAGCUGGCCAACUGGAGCUUCUACGCUGUGUUUGACGGACACGCAGGCAGCAGCGUUGCCCAGUACUGCUCCCAGCACCUUCUUAGUCAGAUCCUAUCUACAGGUGGAAUGGGACCCGAGGAUGAUCCAGAGGGGAUAAGAGGAGGCAUCAUAGAGGGCUUCCUGCAAACAGACAAGCACUUGCACACCGCGGCCCGACGAGAGGGUUGGGAAAGGGGUGGCACCACUGUGGUGGCCACCCUCAUCUCACCGUGCUACAUCUACUUUGCCAACUGUGGUGACUCGCGGGCCAUAUUGUGCCGGUCUGGACAGGUGUGUUUCUCCACCCAGGACCACAAACCAUACAGUCCACUGGAGAGGGAGCGUAUUGAGAGCGCUGGUGGCUCAGUGUCCCUCCAACGAAUCAACGGUUCUCUCGCUGUUUCACGCGCCCUGGGGGAUUUCAGCUACAAGGGGGUGGAAAACCGACCACCAAACCAGCAGAUGGUCUCCCCAGAGCCGGAGGUGUGUGUGGUGGAGCGCUCGCCUGCAGAUGAGUUCCUGGUGCUUGCCUGCGAUGGGGUGUGGGACACAAUUACCAACGAGGAGCUGUGUGCCUUUAUCCAUAGCCGUCUGCGUGUCUGCACUGACCUGAGGGAUGUCUGCGCUCAGGUCAUUGACCUGUGUCUCUAUAAGGGCAGCUUGGACAACAUCAGCAUCAUCCUGCUCUGCUUCCCUGGUGCCCCCCAGCUGUCGGCAGAGGCAUUACACCAGGAGGCUGAACUGGAAGACCUCCUGGAAUCCAAGGUUGCAGAGAUUUAUGAAGAGCUGUGUGCCAGAGGGGAGGACCCUGACCUGUUAUCUGUCCUCACAGUCCUAGCAUCCAUUGUCAUCCCUGGCUUACCUCCAGGUGGAGGCAUACAGAGCAAGUAA